AAUUAUUCUGAAGUUCUACUCUAGAAGCAACUCGGAAAUAUCGUACUUUCCUCUUAAAUUUUCACAAGAAUCCUCGCUAGAAUCUCGUCAGAGUUUGUGUUCCUUGGACUUUUCCUUCAAAUUUCCUUAAAUCUCUCUGCACUGGAGUAGUGGAGUUUAAUAGUUUAUAGAAACAUCACCAAAAGUUUGCGCAUUGCUUUUGCGCUGCGCCGCUACUGCCAUAAAGCCAUUAAAAGGCAAUGAAAUGAAAUUGAAUAUCCUAUAGUCAUAUUAAUGUCAUAUGGUGUCAUGAUGCUAAAUUCUAUCAAGAAUUUAUACAGCAAGAGUCUGGUUUGCAAAGGGUAUCAAUCCUUUCUUGGCCCGAUUUGGAAUGUCAAAUAUGCUGCAUUGUGAGUAUCAUUAAAGUAUCAAAAAAUAUUUUUUAUAUUUUAUACAUGAACUUGGGAUGGCAUGCCAUUUAUAUUGAUUGUUAUUAAAUAUUUCAGCAUCUAUAAUAGAUUUCAGCAUUAAUCUGUUGACCGGUCAUUUGAAAAUGUCAAAAUUUAAUAUCCCCCCCCCCCAGUAUUUUUUUGCAAUAUAAUUGUUAGCAGUUGCUAGCGAAAAAGGAAAUUGUUGAAGGUAUUGGUUCAUUGCAGAAAAGAUCCACACUCCCCCAUGGAGGAAAAUUUCUGUCAUCUGAAAAGGGAGGGAAGAAAAAUAGUUUCUGAUAAUAGUAAGUGAAUAGGACAUCCAAAGGGGGUAGGGGAGUUAAAUUACAAUUUCCAUCAUGGGGGAGGUGCAUGUCAAUGUUUUCUGGAAUAACCCAUUGUCUAAGUGGCCACACCCAGGGACCACACUCUUUUUGCAAAUAUAAUUUCUCCCCAUAAUAGACUAUGAUUUAAGGGUUGGGAAAGUAACUAGAUAUGAUCGGUCUGGAAUCCUGGUAAACUUCAAAACCACAAAAUAGAAGACCUUUGUUUGAUGUUGAACUGUACCUCACCGUGCACAAAUCGUUUCUGUCAACUUCAUUAAAUAUUAUUCAUCGUGGCUGCACAUUUCAUCUCAGCUAUUCUAAUUGGACGGUUACUUAAUUAUACGAAAACACAAUGAACUUAAUACCGUGAUGAAGUGAUUGUGUACAAAUUAUCAUAAACUCAGACAGAAACAUAUAACAAACACUUCUGUUUAGUUGUGACAAGAUCAUAAAGGCCCUCUUGACUGCAUUGAUAAAUCUUAUUUUUGUGGGGUACGUAGGUCUACAACCGUGCAAACAAAAGAGAGCAAUUUCUAUGAUUUGGCAAUAGUGGGAGGUGGUAUUGUUGGUCUGGCAACAGCACGAGAACUCAUGUUGCGCUAUCCAGGGAUGAAACUUGUAUUGCUUGAAAAAGAAUCUUCUUUAGGUAAGACGAUUUCAUAUUAUAAUAACCGGCUAAUUCAUUAAGGUUACUCCACAUGAUGGAAACCCAUUUCACCAAAAUGCUCACCGCGCGCUCAAUUUUCAAGUUUCCCCCUUCAAAUUUUGCAUGCAUAAUGAUAAAUCAUUGCUGUAGCUAAAGAUUUGCCAAAAAUUCUACACCUUUAAAAACUGUACUUGCUACGGGUUGCUUUUGAAAAUAUGACGGCCUUUGCGCCACGAGAUUAGAACGCUUCUGAUUUACCUCAAAGGCUUCCGAAACAUAAUAUUUCCCAUCUCAAAUGAUCAAAGAACAAAACCGUGGUCGCGUUUUUUGACAGGUAUUAUAUUUGCUUUGAUAUAAAGCAGAGAAGUUGACUCAUCUAAAUUUUGGGAGAACGGCAGAAUAGAUGCCUAUAACUUGAAAAGUAUGGCACUAAAUAAAAAACGCGAACACGGUUUUGCUGCUGUACUAUUGUUCAACAUUGUGGCAAAGUUUGAAGAGAAUCGGAUAAAACGUGCGCGUUUCUAAACAAUUUUUGUGGGGACAAUCUGAGAAUAUUUCAAUCUCCGUAAAAGACGAUAUUAGGUUUGGCGGGGUUUUUCCGCUCUCUGUUAUCACUUCCAACUACAAUCGGAUUAAAAUUAGUAAAGUGUGUUUUGGCAAGGGUUUUCGGUGUCAUUCACUCAUCAUCAGUUUAUCACAAACAGUACAUGCGAGAAACCACGCGAAAAAACUUGCUAAUAUGCCGACGAAACGCAAAUGUAAAAAAGGGAUAGCUAUACAGACCGAUCUAAAUCGGCCAAACGAAAAUACAGUUGAAGAUCUGUCGUGAACCACGAAGACACAAGCGAGGUUGAAGGUCACACAUCCGGUAUCGAGUAUCACAUCAAGCCACAUAUUGUCAAUUACAAUUACAACUUUCGCGGCAAAGGAAUCAGUGGUUAUAACAUUUUUUGUUAUAUUUCGGACGCAUUUUAAUAUUUUUGAAAAAAACUUCCGGCAAUCGAUAGAUCUCCAGUCCCUGAAUAUAAAUCAAUAAAAAUGUAAAAAAUGAUGAAAUCAGUGUUUUCAUCAUAUAAUGUAACCUUAAGAAUAUUAGAUUAGCUCAGCUGCUGGUCUGACAAAUAAUAAACAGAAAAUAUUUAUUCUGUUCAAAAUAACUCAAAAAAGCUUUUUUGAAUAAUCAAGUAUUAUUAUUAUUAUUUGCCCAUAAUUUGUUUAAGAACAAUUAUUUACAUAUUAUGAAAAUACGUGAUUAAACGAAACCCUGAAGGGCUUUUAUUUAAAAGUCCCCAGAGGAGAACGUAUACAGUUCAAUCUGUCAAAAAGAAACAAAAGAAGAAACUAUUUACAGAAAAUAUCAUAAUAUAAUACAUAUAUAUUUAUUUUACAAUUAACACAAUUAAUAUUUAUUCCGACUUGCUAACUACACAAAAUAUGAUGACCCCGCGUAUUGCAAUGUCACAUGCAGAGUUAGCCAUACCGUAAUUAGUCCUAUAAUUCAUAAUCAUGAUUUAGUGACCGUCAUUAAUUAAAUAAGGGCCUAUUCAUAUGAGCCGGACUGGCCCCCGGUAAACCAGGCUUGCUCACUUUUUUCUUUGUUUCACAUGAGGCGGGCCAGACCGGCAAGUACCGGCAAGUGCUAUAGAAAUUUCUGUGCAAUUUUUGGCAGGAACAUAAUUAUAUCUGUAUUUAUUCAGCUUUAUUUUGCAAAUUGCUUCAGAAGUCUAAUUUUUUGUUGAUUCCUUAGUUGUUUUGAAUUUUUAGAUGUUUAAUUCCAGGCAAAUAAAGCAUGUACAUAUUGUGACACAAUUUCUAGCAUGGUUUGCUGGGCUGGUCCUUUGUCUCGCUCAGGCAUGAGCCCGGCAAACUGGGCUGGCCCUCGGUUCCCUUUUGAAUCAAGUCUCAAAAAUAUAUAAAGUAAAGAAAAUAUACAAGGCGAGAUAUUGCUGCUUGUACGUCAGCCCUGUUACUGAGUCAUCCUGGUUUGCUGAGUCAUCAUGGUUUUCAGAGUCAGCCCAGUUUACCGAGUCAGCCCAAAGAGUGGGCAUCAUAGACAGAUUUUCAGAUUUGUAUUUGGCGGGGGGGGGGGGGGAGGUGAGCGACAGCGCACAUAGCACCGCUGACCAAUUAAUAGAAAAACAACAUAACAGGAAGAUAUUUAAGGCAAAUGAAAUGUUGGUCUUGUUUGUGGUAUUGUUGCUAUUACCAUCUGAUUUUGUGUUGGUCCAAUGUCAAUUUUUCUCUUGUUAUUCCACCAAUCUUUAUAAAGUUUCAGAAUUUUCUUGUUAAACAAAAAUACUAGCGCAAUGCACACUCCCUGUAUACAAACACAAACAAUAAACAAAUAUUCUAAUGCUUCUACGUCGGGAAACAGCACGCCAAAGAACGAAAACACCCAGGGAAAACCAACCAACGUUGCAAGUUUUGUGCAGACGAGAAGAUUUUGUUUUCCUUCCUUGUGAAGUACGGUUCUUCUGUCCUUGUCUUGACGAGAUAAACAGACCGCUGUUUGGAUAAAUUUGUAGAUGGAAAAGAGUAAUUUCAUAGCGAGGGGUAAUAAAAAUAAAUACAGCCUAGCGUUUGCAGUUCCCAACCAACAGUUUGGUCCAUAGUCCACGAGGAACGUUUCAGUUUUGUCUAGGAUUACACUAAUUGCGACAAAUAUGGCUGGAAUUAUCCAAAUAAACGCUGAAUAUUUGAUAGAUUUAGACCUUGCUCUGUUGGCAAUUCUUCCAGCAAAAGGUUGUGAGAAAACGUGAUAGUUAUGCCAUGAAAUGACGGACAUAGCCAAAAAUGAUGCUUCCAUAAGUAGGUGUUGAAAGAUUGCAAUGACUUCGCAAACUAUUGUUCCUUCAAAACGAGGGUUUCCUACCAACCUUAAGAUUUGUGACAGACACAUUGAAAAACUUAAGUUCAUUAAAUUCGAUCCCGAAACAUUUCUCAAUUCUUGAAAAAAUCCAUAAGUGAGCAAAAGUAAUAUAUGGCAUACUAUUGAGACACUGAGACCAAUUAAUGUCAAAACUUGUAGUUCAUGACUUGUCGCACUUCUACCGUGUUCUUCUUCAGUUUUGUUGGAGUUUAAAUUAGGAGUGACUUUUCGCUGUGGCAGUUCAGCGCUUUGUAUCAGAACACAGUAUAAGAAAAUACAAGCAAAACGUUGUAAGAAACUGGUUAAAUUUCCAUGGAACAUGAUUGCAUGCCAGUUAAUAUGUUGACGCACACUUUAUUCUCUUCUACAUUCGACUUUUUAUAUAGCAUGGUUUGUCUUGCCCCUUGUCAAAAUGAAAAAAUCUCUCGGUUUAAGUUGAAAGCGAGAAUACUCGACUACCUGUACAACAUAGCAUACACUUAAAGAUUAGUAAAGGAACUUCUACUUCCGGAGUAAUUAAGCGCGAUGUGUGUACAGCGACCGCGAAACGUGAUAGAUUAAAUAUUGUUUUAAGUUAAGCUGACAAUUGACAUUAAUUGCGCGUAAGCAUGACAGCAGGUUUCAGAAGUAGAAUAGUAAAGAGCAAAGUAGUGAAUAGUAAUUGAAGUAAGAAGACUGUGGGAUUCGAUUGGUAUUAGAGCAAAUGAUGAGGUGCAUGAAACGUUUGAGAAUGAAGUAGGUUUUAAAGAUGGUUUAUUCGGUAAAGUUGCCAUGGAAGCAGGGUCACGAACCCUUUUAGCUCGCAUACAAAACCAAGUAAGGAAAUUGCGCAAAGAUCUUGAAGUGUUGGCAGAUUAUGACGCGAUAAUUAAGGAUUAUCCGGACAGACGGAUAAAUGGCCUUUAUCCGUCCGUCCGCAUUUUACCCCCCCCCCCCCAUCCGUCCGCCUUUUACCCUUCCUUCCGUCUGCAUUUUACCCUCUUAUCCGUCCGCAUUUUACCCUCUCAUCCGUCCGCAUUUUACCCUUUCAUCCGUCCGUCCGCAUUUUACCCUCAUCCGUCCAUUCGUCUGCCGUCUAUCCGUCCGCAUCCGCGUUUUACCCUAACCCCAGUAAUAGAACCGGUAGCAGCGUUAGAAAAGCCAAGCGAUAAGUUGCACUAUUUGCCGCAUCAAGCAGUAAUUAGGAAAGAUGCCGCGAUCACUAAAUUGUAUAGUACGCGUCAGCAAAGGAGUCUAAAGGUACGUUUACACGCUGCGAUUUGUCGGGCCGAUUUUGCUCGCUGUAUGUAAAUAACCUGUCGUGAGUACUCGCGUCAGCACCUUGCGAUUCACAAAAUCGGGAGAAAAAUCUGUAACAAAGCACAGAUUUUUCUCACGAUUCAACGAUAUUUUUUUUCGUUGUAAAAUUAUUGAAAACUUUUCUCACGCAGAAAACUAUAAUAUAAACAGACGAGAGAGCGGACAGCUUCAAUUGAACGUUUAAAUCGCUAAAUGUCGAAGAAGGGGCAACGAUUAUUUACCAAAAUCGGCCCGACAAAUCGCAGCGUGUAAACGUAGCUACGAUUACACGCUACGAUUAAUCGUGUACGAUUCGUAUUCUGACGUAUUAAAAUGAGUGCUGGCGCCAUAAUUCAUUGGCGAUUUCAGAGAUUUCAAAUGUAGCCAGCUUACGCGUGUUCACUCAAUGACAUACGCCAGAAAACUAAUCGUACACGAUUAAUCGCAGCGUGUAAACGUAGCUUAAGACUACUGUAUGUGCACACGGUAACGUUUCCAAACGUUUCUAAAUGAUCGUUUCCAAUUUUGUCAGUUUGACGCUUUGUCCACACGAAAACGUUUUCACGAGAUGCAAAUGUUUCUCUCGACAAAAGUUCCGUCUCUCCGGCAGGGGUGGAAAAAGUAUCGGAACCUGGGAGUUGACAGUUUUGCAGAAAAUUUAUUUCAACAUUUUGAGAUAACUCUGUUUACUCAAGUUACAACUAUUCUACUUUAUUUACACUGUACAUGCUAACAUCAGCAGCUUUUAAAUAUUUCACAGAAAUUCAUUCUUUUACCCACCCCUGCCAUCACAAUGAGGUAAAAUGGUGAAUAUAUGCUCUGCAAAGUCUCCAAUAAAAUGCAAAUUAAAUAGUAAACAAAUAAAAGUAAUGGAAUAAAUAAGAUGAAAAGACACUUAGUUAAGCGUUAGAUCCUUACUAGUUGGUCAUAACUCAUAACUGUGGUGUAUAACAGACAACUAUUGCGAUGUACGAGCAUACGAAAACCAGCCUAAAGCCUAUUAUUACUAAAAUACAAAUAAUACAAUAAUUAUAUGCAUUUGUUUUGUUAUUUUUGUAAUUGUAAUAUUGCAAAUUUCACAGAAAAUUUCUCGCCUUCGACCCAGGUUCCCAGAGAGAAAAAAAUUUUCAACCUCUGCUCUCCGGGUUCUUAUCGCCGUUUAUUUUCCACCAGAUGGAGUCAUUAUACUUGUCAACGAGUUUCUUAAAAUGUCCUCUGCUCAUUAUAGUAAAGUAAACAGUUUUAUAUGUAUGCUACUAUGCAGGCCUGCCAUGAGGUGUGAUUCAUAAAAUGAGGGAGAUUACAAUAUUUAUGAUUUUUCUGGGUGUGACGUGAGCUGACAAUAAACGUGAGCUCUCAAGGAAAUAUCUAGCGGGGACUAAGGGAUUGUAGCCUACGUCAUAGACUCAAACAAAUUAGGGAUUGCUCUGAGUGCUUCGUUUACGAGAGCCUUGAUUGAAACUAAGACUGCAUUCAGAGCACUCAGCACUCUUGCUCAGCUGUGCAACACACAUCAAUCGACAUGUGUUUAGAUAAUUUGUUCGUUUUUUUUUUCUGGUGACACUCCCAACACUAUAUAUAUAUAUAUAUAUAUAUAUAUAUAUAUAUAUAUAUAUAUAUUAUAUAUAUAUAUAUAUAUAUAUAUAUAUAUAUAUAUAUAUAUAUAUAUAUAUAUAUAUAUAUAUAUAUAUAUAUAUAUAUAUAUAUAUAUAUAUAUAUAUAUAUAUAUAUAUAUAUAUCACAAGUUUUGUAACGUAUAGUGAAGAGAGUGCUCAAUACAUAAAAUUUUGUAGAGCGAAUGUAAUUACUAUUCUUACUUAAAAUGUUUUUUUUUAAGUAAGAAUAGUAAUUAUAUAUAUAUAUAUAUAUAUAUAUAUAUAUAUAUAUAUAUAUAUAUAUAUAUAUAUAUAUAUAUAUAUAUAUAUAUAUAUAUAUAUAUAUAAUGAAGUUUUACUGUGAUUUUCUCAGUAAACAAAAACUAAAGUGAGAUGUACUAUAUAAUACAGAUAUUGCAGUCACACGGAGUAUUACGUGAUGCUGAGAAGAAAUCGCUCGAUUUUGGGUGGCACUAAUAUAACGGCAGCAAAGGAAACGACUGUCUGAAUUGCCAAAAAAUUGCUGUUCUGCUGUAAUGCUGUGUAAUUAUGUCAAAUUACGUGUUGUAACGUUGUUGCUGUUAAAGGCACAGUUCAGCCUGUUGAACGAUGGUUUUUAAGGCGCAUUUCAGCUCUUUUAAUUGAAAAAACUAACUAGGAAAAUCAAUUAAGCAUAAUUCAAGAUCACCAAACUCAAUGUUUUCAACAUUUUAAAACAUUUUUAUUGUUCAAAACAUCGAGUUUACUGAUUUUGAAUUAUACUUAAUUGAUUUUCCUAGUUAGUUUUUUCAAUUAAAAGGGCUGAAAUGCGCCUUAAAAACCAUCGUUCAAAAGGCUGAACUGUGCCUUUAACUAUGAUACAACUUGAUAUAUGCUGAGCACAAGGUCAAUCUUUGCCUUUCUUAUAUGGAAAAUAGAAGUAUCAUGAGGAGUGCCUACAUGUCUUGACGGAAACGAGAUAUUGCCGUAUCAUUGAACGCUGAGUUGGCGGGAUGUUGAUAUAAAGGGGCAGAGACUAUGACAUGGCUUUUUAGCCACUCAUGUAAACGUGAUUUCCCGCUAAAUGAGUAUGGCAACAUUAAGUUUGAGCCAAUAGGCGAUAAUGAUAUUUACAGUUUAUACCGGCAAAAACUGUGGGAAUUUUCACUUAGCAACUAAAACUUGCAUCGCCCAUGUCCCGAGAAGUGCUUGUCACUGUGUGGGUGUUUAUCCUUCAAGGCAAUUUUCAUCCAUUUCCCUUUUUGUGAACUAUGAAGCUCACGAGAUUGCAGGCAUUCAAAUAAGCGUGUAUGAUAAGUAGCUUUAGUAACUCACUAAAAUUUACACAGGGAUUAUUAACGAAAUAUUAUAACUGCACAAACAAAAAACAUAGAAUUGCAGCAUUUCACAUAGCGAAGGAGCGCUUAGCACAGCUCUCUAGAUUGUACAUUAUUCAGUGCUGUACUGCAUGGGAAAUCCAAAACAGGAAAAUUUAGGAGUUUGUAAAUGAGAACCUUAAGUCGUGUUUACACUACUAACUAGCCUUGGCAAUAGCCUUGGCCUAGCCUACAUUUUGACAGUGUAAACAGACCUUCGCCUAGCCUUGGCCUGACCUAGACCAGGAAAUCUGGGAUCGCCACAACCGAGGGCCUAGGCCUGGCCUAGACGUAGGCUUGUGGAAAUGUAAACACUUUCGGGCCUGGCCUGGGCCUUAUUUCCAUGGUUACGUGUGCUCGCAGUGAGAGCUCAGCGGACAACACAUAAAAAUACACAAAAUUAAUUGCAAAAUUCUAGGCCAAAGUGGGCCAGUCUCAAAAUGCCAGUGUAAUGGUGUAAACGCGCCACAUUUACCUUGGUCUGGCCAAGGCCAGUCCAGGCCAAGGCUUGCAGUGUAAACACGACUUUAGUAAACAUAAAUAUAAACAAAACAAAUAUAAAUAAAUAAAUAAAAAGGCCAGUUUGCACCCAGAAAAACCCUCCACUGGAUAGGAACGGAAAGGAAAGUUACAUAGUCGUUAGUUCCAACGCCGUCCGCUCCUGUGGAAAAUUUUCCUGAGUGGAAAUUAGCCCGUAAUGAAGCUUAACAAAAUGAACACAGGGACAAUUAGAGUAAUUCAUAUAAUGAUUUAGUGACAGUAAUUAAUUAAUUAUAAGGGCCUGUUCAUAUGAGCCGGACUGGCCCCGGUAACGGUGCCUUGCACGCUUUACCGGCCCAAGUUGUUUGUUUCACCUAAAGCGGGCUAGACUGGUAAUUUGUGCUAUAAAAAUUUCUGGCAGGAACACGAUAUUAGCUUUAUUUUGCAAACUGCUUCAGAAGUCUAAUUUUCUGUUGGUUCCUAUGUUGUUUUGAAUUUUUAGAUGCUUUCUAGGUAAAUAAAGCAUGUAUUGUGACACAAUUUCCAGCAUGGUUUGCUAGGCUGGCCUGCCAAGAGCGUUUGAAGGCGAGACCUCACCUCUCUCAAAUGUGAGCCCAGUUCCCAUUCAAUCAAAUCUCGAAAACAUAUAAAGUAAAGAAAGUAUACAUGACGAGAUUUUGCUGCAUGCUUGCAGGUCAGCCCUGUUACCGAGUCAGCCUGGUUUGCUGGGUCAUCAUGAUUUUCAGAAUCCGCCCAGUUUACCGAGUCAGCCCAAAGGGUGGGCAUCAUAUAUAGGCAGAUUUUCAGCAUUUGCACUUGGGGGGUGGGAAAUGAGUGACGGAGCACAUAGCACCAUACACACAGUUAGUAACUAAACGUCCACCAAUUAAUAGCAAAUCAACAUGACAGGAAGAUAUUUAAGGCAAAUAAAAUGUUGGUCUUGUUUGUGGUAUUGUUGCUAUUACCAUCUGAUUUUGUGUUGGUCCAAUAUCAAUUUUUCUGCUGUUAUUCCACCAAUCUUUAUAAAGUUUCAGAAUUUUCUUGUUAAACAAAAAUACUAGCGCAAUGCACACUCCCUGUAUACAAACACAAACAAUAAACAAAUAUUCUAAUGCUUCUACGUCGGGAAACAGCACGCCAAAGAACGAAAACACCCAGGGAAAACCAACCAACGUUGCAAGUUUUGUGCAGACGAGAAGAUUUUGUUUUCCUUCCUUGUGAAGUACGGUUCUUCUGUCCUUGUCUUGACGAGAUAAACAGACCGCUGUUUGGAUAAAUUUGUAGAUGGAAAAGAGUAAUUUCAUAGCGAGGGGUAAUAAAAAUAAAUACAGCCUAGCGUUUGCAGUUCCCAACCAACAGUUUGGUCCAUAGUCCACGAGGAACGUUUCAGUUUUGUCUAGGAUUACACUAAUUGCGACAAAUAUGGCUGGAAUUAUCCAAAUGAACGCUGAAUAUUUGAUAGAUUUAGACCGAGCUUUGUUGGCAAUUCUUCCAGCAAAAGGUUGUGAGAAAACGUGAUAGUUAUGCCAUGAAAUAACGGACAUAGCCAAAAAUGAUGCUUGCAUAAGUAAGUGUUGAAAGAUUGCAAUGACUUCGCAAACUAUUGUUCCUUCAAAACGAGGGUUUCCUAUUAACCAUAAGAUUUGUGACAGACACAUUGAAGAACUUAAGUUCAUUAAAUUCGAUCCCGAAACAUUUCUCAAUUCUUGAAAAAAUCCAUAAGUGAGCAAAAGUAAUAUAUGGCAAAUUAUUGAGACACUGAGACCAAUUAAUGUCACAACUUGUAGUUCAUAACUUGUCGUAUUUCUACCGUGUUCUUCUUCAGUUUUGUUGAAGUUUAAAUUAGGAGUGACUUUUUGCUGUGGUAGUUCAGCGCUUUGUAUCAGAACACAGUACAAGAAUAUACAAGCAAAACGUUGUAAGAAACUGGUUAAAUUUCCAUGGAACAUGAUUGCAUGCCAGUUAUGUUGAUUCACACUUAUUCUCUUCUACAUUUGACUUGUAUGUCUGCAAGAUGCGAAAAGAUUGGCCUUUAUAUAGUGUGAUCUGUCUUGCUCAUUGUCAAAAGAAUUUCCGUAUAUCCUGUUCUUAAUAAUUUCAAUGAAAAAACUCUCUGUUUAAGCUGAAAGCGAGAAUAUUCGACUACUUGUACAAUAUAGCAUACACUUAAAGUAACUUUCAUCCUUUUGAGUUUUGAUAUGAGUUUCAAGAAAUUAAUAGACACCUAAACUGCUUGCAUAGUUGCAUUUUUGCAAUGUGUUUCGUUCUUUUUAUUAGCUUUAUUGUACCGGGUGGCGCAAAAAAAUGUUCAGACAUUUGCUUUACCAUAGCGAAAAAACUAUAAGAGCUACGUCGCUCAAAUGAAAGUAGCUGUAUUCGUAAAAGGCUAACUUAAAUGUUGAUAGGUCAUACGUGAGAUUUGACGAAAUAUUGACUGAGAUAUCAGCGUUUCAACUUGCGUAAGCAUUUUUAAAAGAGUCGAAAAUUAAUCAAAAAAGGCCUAUUGAACUAAUUUUAUUACGCAAAGCAUCGCCAGUUAUUUCCUGGGCGAGCUAGUGAUGAGUAAAUCCGGAGAUAAGGCGUGCCCCUCGCUUUCCGAUUUGACAGUGUUCAAUUUCUUUCUUUGUGGCUAGUUGAAAUAUCAAAUUUGGAGUAUGCCACAUCGAUUAGCAACCAACCAAUUUGAGACAGCUUCGCGUGAAGACCGUGAAGCGUUGUUUUAGCAUGCCGCAACUUGGAGCAGUAAAUGAUUCAAGAUUCCUUCAAUUCGACUGCAUGAUUUCAGGAGCAAGACGGUUGCAUGCGGCAACAUAACAAUAAAACGGAUUCUGAAUGUAGUUCAGUAAAACGGAUUCUGAAUGUAGUUCGCCUAAAUGCAGUUCAUUGAUGAACGAAUACUUAAUAGGCCGUUUUUGCUAAUUUUCAAAACUUGCGAAAGUGCUUACCCAAAUUUAAACGCUGAUAUCUUGGUAAAUAUUUAAUGAAAUCGUGUGCAUUACCUAUCAAAAUUUAAGUUAGCCCUUUUAUGAAUACAGCUAUACGUUUAUUUGAGCGACGUAGCUCUUAUAGUUUUUUCACUAUAGUAAAGCAAACGCCUGAACUUUUUUUUGCGCCACCCGGUAGAAAAAUGUUUAAAAUAACAGAAAACUCAUAUCGUUAACGUUCUGACAAAGGAGAGCUUGGCGUAUUAAUAUUGAUUUAACGGAUAAGCCAUUAAUCAAUGAUAAUGACAAAUAUAAGUACUGAUUAUGGAUUAAAGUAACAAAUUAUGUCAAGUUUUAUAAUAAAAUGUAUUUCCUUGUGAGCAUAAUGAUUAAAUAGCAUUGAUUAUGUUUCUUUCUGAUGUUACAAUGAAUAAUCAUAUUAUUUGACAUAAUUUUCCAGAUGGUUAAUAUAAUACAACGUUUCUAUUUUAAUCUCGAGCUCAUAAAAAACUUUUUCUAGGCGAAAUUUUUUUACUAUAAUCUUAAAAGGAAACGAAAGUCGGUAUUCUGGCCACCAGGAUUGAUAUUUGAAUUUUUGAACCAAUUCUGGUGAACACCUUUUACCCUUAUUCCCUUGAAGAUUUAAAAGUACUUUUAAAGAUUUUAAAAUUCAUAAUAUAUGCUUUUGAUUCGUCUGAAAAUUACAGUAAAUUAAAGUCCUUUACCACAGCAGACACUUUCAUUUCAACUGAAUGUUUAGAGAAAAAAACAAUCGCCUAAGUCGAAAUCUAUCGCUUGAAUUUCGUGUCUUGUUUUCAAUAAGGCGUAUAUCUCGAGUCUAGAAGAUAAAACCCACAGUCAUCAAAAUUUUUAUCUUCGUAAACGAAAAUGCUCUUAAAACUGUAUAAUAACUUCUUUGAAGAUUUUUGUUCCCAUGCUUAGCUCUUGAGAUAUUUCAUUUUGUUUGUAACCAUGUGACGUCAUUUACUCAAUUACAUAUAUAAUGAGAUAUCAGUAAUUGUUUUGUAUCUUUGCUAUUUUUUAUCAAAAUCUUUCGAAAGAUGCGGUACGUUUGUUAAUUUAACCUACAUCAUUAAGCAUACUGUUUUUUUAAAACAAAUCCAUCAAAAAUAGCAAAGAUUCACAACAAUUACUGAUAUCUCAUUAUAUAUGUAAUCGAGUAAAUGACGACACAUGGUAGAGCAUUUUAUUUUCGUUUAAAAAAAUAAAAAUUUUGAUGACAAAUGCCCCAUUAAUAUUGAUCAUGAAGUUUUAGUGUGAUUUUCUUAAAAAAACGAAGUGAGAUAUACUAUAUAUAGAUCUUGCAGUCACACAAGAAUAUUACGUCAUGGUGAGAAUCACUCGAUUUUGUGUGGCAAAUACAGUAUAACGGACAGCGAAUGAAACCACUGUCUGAAUUGCCAAAAAAUUGCUGUUCUGAAUUCGUAUUAUAUAAGCAAGGUAAAUAAACGCCAUAAACUGGAGCUCUACUGAAAUAGAGCUGUGAAAUUUUGAUGGCUAAUGAGUAAUGGACGCUGUGUAUGUUUUUAUUUAGCUCUACUAAACAUUUGCCAUCCAAAAUGGCGGAAGUCAAACAAUUAUCAUAGGAGGCCCAAUAGUUAGUGGUAAUAGGCACAAAAUUGACUAAAAUAGUUUAAAAUUCAAUAAAAUUUUACUGUGUUACCGUGAAAAUAUUCUACCAAGUGCAAAUAUUCUACCAUGCAACUGUUUUUGAAAAACAGUCGGUAGAAUAUUUUCACGGUAACACAAUGAAAUUUUAUUGAAUUUUAAACUAUUUUAAGUCAUUUUUGUGCUUCUUUCCACUAACUAUUGGGCCUCCUAUGCAAUUAUGUCAAAUUAUGUGUAGUGUGAUGUCACUCGCAAGGCCGGCUGACGUAUCGUUAUAGAAACCAAAUGCAAACAAUUUGGUAUAUGCUAAGAACAAGAUCAUUCUUUGCCAUUCCUAUAUGGAAAAUAGUCUUCGGAGUUAAGAGUUGAAAGUAUAAUGUAACCAGGAGUGUCCUCUUGUUUGUUUUUUUGAGUGCCUAUGUAUUAACGGAAACGACAUGUUGCCGUAUCAUUGAACUCUGAGAUGACAAGGCAUUUUAGCCAUGAAAACGUAAUUUCCUGCUAAUUGAGUAUAUAGCAACAUUACGUUUAAGCCAAUAAUUUUUGAACAAGCUUUCUUUGGUAGGGAUGGAGGUAGCUGCAUACCCACCAACGAAAUAAAGCUUGUUCAUAUUAUUGACCCUACCCGCACUGGCACACUAUAAUGACAUUUACAGUUUAUACCGGCAAAAACUGUGGGAAUAUUCACAUAUAGCAACUUAAACUUACAAUAAUAAUAAUAAUAAUAAUGAUAAUAAUGAUUUAAUUUGGCAUAUCCAUAUUGCAUGGCUCUUCAUCCGUACAUUUAAAAAAGCUAACUAUUUCUAAAUUUUUACAACUGUCUUAUAAAUAAAUUCAAAUAGUUAAAAUCAGGUUAUGUGAGAAAAUUAAUCAAUCCUUAUCAAUCCUUUCUCUACCCUGAUCUAAUAAAAUUCUUUUAAGAGUAAUCUUAUAAUUUUUAAAAUCCAUUAGUUUCAAAUGUUCUGGAAGACUAUUAAAAACUCUAGCUGCAUUGGAUUGAAAACUGUCUUCAAUGUUAGAAUAUUCGAUUUUCAAACCACCGUCACAGUUACUACGCAGAACUCUUGAAUAUGUCGAGAAGUGCUUGUCACUGUGUGAGUGUUUAUCCUUCAAGGUCAACUUUUCAUCGAUUUUCCUUUUUGUGAGCUAUCAAGCACACUACUGUAGAUUGAAGGGGCCGGUUGUAUAAAACUCCUGAAUAUCACUAUUUUGUAGUUAAAUAGUGAUUAACUCUCUAAUAGGCGCUUCUUAUUGGAUGACGUUUCCACAUAAUUAUAGUUAACUUUAAUCACUUUUUUAUACAACCGGCCCCAGGCAUUCGCAUAAGCGUGGAUAAGAAGUAGCUUUAAUCGAACUCGCGAACAUUUACACAGGGAUUAUUUUAAAGAAAUAAUAUAACUGCACAAACAAAAAAACAUAAAUAACAGCAUGUCACAUGGCGAAGGAGCGCUUAGUGCAGCUCUGACUCUAGAUUAUACAUUGUUCAGUGCUGUACUGCAUGGGAAAUCCAAAACAGGAAAAUUUACGAAUUUGUAAAUGGAACCUAAGAAAAGGGACCCAACUGGGUGAAUUGCAAAAGACAGAACUUUUGGGGAGAACUGCAUGGGGAUCCUUAUCCAGAACAUUUUCUUACUUUUUAGCCUCCAGAGGUUGAUUUCUAAAAUUCGAUAUAAAAUUUGAAAAUGUUUAAGUGAAAACCGGCAUAACUUAUUGUCUUCCUUGUGCUUAUCGUGCUUUUGAACAAUUUAAACAUAAUCUGUGAUAAAUUAUACACUCCUUUCACGAAUUAAUAUCACCUAUACUCUAUUCUUUGCUCGCACAUGACGUCACUACGAGUCAUUAGGCGCCAUCUUGGUUGAUUUUAAACUUUCGUUAUUAAAGCCGUUUAUAGCGAAGUAGUUGAGUUAAUUUAACAUUUUCUGGUUUGUUUUGAAAACAUGUUACUGUAUUGUGGAUAGUUUACGGUCUUUGGCUCAAUACGACAAAGAAUGAAGAAUAUGAAUUUUAUAGUCACCACGUAUAUUUUGAAAAUCAACCAAUAUGGCGUCGAUUGCAAACGAGCAAUAGUUAAAUAUUAAAGAAAAUCAGUACUGCACAAAAUCUCAUUUAUCACUGCACAAAUCCCAUUUAUCACUGCACAGAUUGGUUAUCACUGCACCUUAAAAUAAUCCCUGAAUUUACAAUACCACGUUAAAACAAGAGUAGUAGACAUUACAAACAGUAAAAGGCGAGUUAGAUAAGGGAUUGGCAAACGGGCUCGAAGUCCCAACAAGGUAGGUACGUGGUGUUUCCACAAACAAAACUAUUAUAAUGUAAACCCCGUACGUUAAUUACAACUAAUUUUACACUAUGUCUAUAUGACAGCAGAAAGUACGCAUAAAAGUUCUCGAAAUACUUCUGAGCAGGAUACGUCAUUUUCGUUCUCUAUAUAACGCUAUAGUUACGGAACUCUAACGUGGGCCUAAUGACUGAAAAGAAGUUUAAAUUAAUAGUUACACCCGUUUUCAAAACUAAGGGACCUAUACCCGAAAAUAAUUUCAGUCAGUGGCGUAACGCUCAUUGGGUGGGGCCGUUAGUUCAAAAACUAAGGGCCCCCGACAGUUAGGGGCCCCCAUCAGCCACGGCUUAUCGCCCAGAAAAUUAGAAAACGUAAAAAAAAUUAAUCUUAAGGCUGCUCUCCAGUUAAGCGUUUUUCAUACGUGCGUAUACGCACGUAAAAUCUUUGUAAAUUUUAUACAAGUACUAAUUACCUCAGCAAAUGCAUAUUAAAUGACACAGAAAACUAAAUUCUUUCCUUUUAUUCAAUUAGUCAUUUCAUAAAUAAAAUUUAAAAAGAUUUAAACUUUUACGUGCGUAUGAAAAACGCUUAACUGGAGAGCAGCCUUUAAUAGUUGUUACAUGUUUUGGAGACUGUUACUGUCAUUGUUAUAGACACGGAAUUUUCGAGAACAUUCUAUAAAUAUUCAAUAUAAAUAUAAUAUCUCAUGCAGUCAAACAAUGACAUCAUUCAACAGGGGCCCCCACACCAAAUAUGCCUAAGGGCGCCCCCCUUUUCUCUGUUACGCUACUGAUUUCAGUUCAAAUGUCAGACGUCGGAUUUAAUUGUAGCGUGCCAAAAAACAAGUACACGACAUCAGAAAUUUCCAUGCUAAAAUGCAUGCAAAUGUAUGCAGAAACGCACGGUGUCUAAACCCAUGUCGAACCGUGUCGCAUAAUAAUACGACAUGGCUUGCCGUAUUUUGUGCCGUUGUCGAACCAAAAAUCAAAACUUGCCGAACCUAAUCAAAACUUGCCGAACCUAAUCAAAACUUGCCGAUCCUAAUCAAAACUUGCCGAACCUAAUCAAAACUUGCCGAACCUAAUCAAAACUUGCCGAACCUAAUCAAAACUUGCCGAUCCUAAUCAAAACUUGCCGAACCUAAUCAAAACUUGCCGAACCUAAUCAAAACUUGCCGAACUUAGGGGUUGUGUUUAUAUCGGGUGAGCCAGUCCGGGUACCCCAGCUUGGGCGAGAUUCCGCCUUUGUUCUUAUUUCGCAAUAAAUUUCAUUUUGCGUUUAUAUGGGAACCGAGCUGGCCCGCCUAAGCGAGAUCCCACCGUCAUUGGACGUCAACCAGUUCGUGCCUUUUUCCCACGAGGUUCAGUAAAGGUCACACAACAGUUGCAUGGAAAUGUAAACGAAGUGAUGUUUGUACUUGAUAAAAAAAAAUCCACUCGAACUUUCUAUCCAAAAAAUCCUUGAGUUUGUCGGUUAACUGCGUCAAAUCCGAGCCCGAGUCAAAUGUCCGAGUCACUGUUUAGCGGUCUUUGUAGUUCAAUGACUUAGGCCAAAUAAAAAAAGUACUUGGUUUGCGUCACACUCACAAAUUUUCAGAGGUGGGAGGUCGUGUUUUUUUUUGGUUUUUUUUUAUUUUUACUCGUUUUUUAAUUUUUUAAUAGUAUUUUUUUGGGGGGAUGGGGGCGGUUUUUCCACCAUAUCGGUGAUAUUUUUUGUACUGAUGUUGCGAAGGCCGCCAUUGAUUUUGCUAUAAGAACCUUGUAUACCUAAGACCAAGCGCUCCUAUCGAUCAGUAUAUAGCGCGAAGGUCUGAGUAUGAGAAAAAUCAAAUAUUAAACUGUUUUAAACUGUAAAACGAAGAGAUUUACAUAAAAAAACUAUUUAAAAAAAUUCAGAGGCGGCAGAAAUCGAGAGGCGGGCGGUGACGCUAACCAAGUUUUUUCUUUAUUUGGCCUUAGUUCCCUAACCCUACCCCUAUUCGAUUGUGAAUUUAAUUCAAUUUCGUCUUUUUUACGUGACUCGGACGUUUGACUCGGACUUGACUCGGACUCGGAUUUGACUUGGUAAAUGGAUUUACCCAAAAUAUCCUGAUAUUUAUCCCAACAACGUACAUUGGCAUCACCGUACAUUGGCAUACCUGUGGUUCCGGUUUCUUAUCGUGAAAAAAUUAGGGUCGUUAGGUUGGAAAUUAUUUUUUUUUUAAUAUUUUUUUCAUGGUUUUGGCGGUUUUUUGCUGGGCGAUUUGCAGUAGAGUCCCGAUAUCAAUAUUAACUUGAGAUGCGUAUUUCCUAUGGACGAAUUUAGGCAAUUUGGUUCAAUAAUUAUUGUGACAACAGACGCCAUUUUGGCACGCUGUAUGAACAGCCCGCAACUACCCGGAGAAAAUAGGGUCGCACGGUCAAUCGCGUUGAAAAAAUAAUAGGGUCGGCAGAAAAAAAUAGGGUCGGCCGGGAACCGGAACCACAGGUAUUUUUUUACGCCUAACCAGGAACUGUUGCUAUCUAUCAUCUCUCAAAUGAAACUAUUGGCCUCUGGCAGGAAUUGAACCUGCGGCUUUGCGAUUCUGUGCAGCGCUCUAACCAACUAAGGUACAGAGAGACUAGGCCUUUCCCGAUUGCGCUGAGCACUUUUUGAGCACUUUUUUUUGUUUGGAGCACCAUUUUGCAUGUUGAGCAACGUUGAGCACUUUUUCGCACUUUGGGCAACAUUUGAGCAAUAUUUCACAUUUCGAGCGAAUUUUGAGCAACAAAAAGUCAGCGAUUACAGAAUUCGAUUCGUACCUCGAUUAACUAAACAUACAGUUCGCAGUAAGGUUUAAAAAUUGACGGGUAUUAUACUAUUAUUUUAUAUAUAAUUUAGGUAUAACUCCAAAAGAAAAGCCGUACAGCUGCAUAUGACAUUACAGUUAAAAAAUUAGAACGCUGACUUUUUCGAGUUCUCAUUUUUUUGUCGUAAACAACUCCAUAUACGGAAGUUUGUUCCAUAUAUGGAGAAAGGUAACUGUUCACAAUUUUAGCAUUUUUUGAGCACUAUUUGGAGAUUUUGAGCACUUUUUGAGCACUUUUUAGCCAUUUUUGCCAGCACUUUUUUAGGAUUUUACCAGCGCAAUCGGGAAAGGCCUAACCACAUUUUGUCAGACGGCCCUGCAAAAGAUAUUUUAAGGCCUGUGCAUUAGCAUAUUUAUACAUGAACGUGUGGGUUAAAGCUCGACAACUGUCUCUCUGAGAGACAGUUGUCGAGCUUUAACCACACGUUCAUGUAUAAAUAUGCUAAUGCAGCAGGCCUUAAAAUAUCUUUUCCAGGGCCGUCUGACAAAAUGUCCGGUGACGUUGAGUUUGGGUCGGACAUAUGUCCGAUGACCUGCAGUUCAUUUUUGACUCGGAAAUAAGUCUGAAUGACAUAAAUGAAUAAACGGUAAAUGUUGUAAACUUUAAGAUAUUAAAUAAUUUGUUUCUUUCAUACACUUGCCAGAACAGCAGUAUCAAAAAGACUUCGACAAUUUAAGCUCGUUUUCCACUUCACCAUUUCGCUCGCCGCCCCGCGCUCGACUACGUUAAAACAACAUUUCCAGUUAACCUUUUAUACGAUAGUACUCUGAUUUUCCAUUUAACAUACAAGCCUGCCUCUAGUCCUGGCCUCCUGGGCUAGGGUACAUUUUGAUUUACGUCGGACAAAGCUACAGUUCGGUCGGACACCAAUACACUCGGGUCGGACAAACAAUAAACCUCAGUUUCACUUAGUCUUAGGUCGGACAGAAUGUCCGGUGGUUUCUUUUCUACGUCGGACAAUUUCACGAAUGGGUCGGACAAUGUCCGUGACCGACCGAUAUUUUAAGGCCUGAAUGCAUAAGGUGAUGCCAAUGUAUUGUACGGUGUAUGGGAAAGGGAAUGUUGACAGGGUGGGUUAGGAUUAGCCCCCUAACUGACCCUUCCACCGUAGCUGUUCUCCGUGGUCAGACAUGAGUCAUGCCUGAAGCGCCCUUAGUAAGCCUAACGCCCGAAUUCUAAAAGCUCACUCACACUCAUCAAUGAGUGGAGGUUCAAUCUGAGCUUCUUUUGAGUGUCAAUGCUGUUUUUGAAUAGCUGGAGGGUGAAUAGUCAAACAGUAUGACACGACACUAACCCUCCAGCUAUUCAAAAACAGCAAUGACAUUUGAGAGAAGCUUAUAUUGAACCUCCACUCAUUCAUUGUGUGAGUGAGCUUUUAGAAUAUGGGUUUGCAAAGGACAACCUUUUUUCAAAGGCCAGUCAGUCACUCAUUAGUUUUACAACAUUAUAUUGUAUACUAUGAUAUCACCUUACAUGGUUACUUGGAGGGUUAGUGUCGUACCUUACUAUGUGACUACUCACCCUCCAGCUAUUCAAAACCAGCAUUGACACUCAAGAGAAGCUCAGAUUGAACCUCCACUCAUUGAGUGUGUGAGUGUGAGUGAGCUUUUAGAAUACGGGCGUAUAGCUUCGACUGGAUCAGGUUGAGCUGCAAUUCAACCUCGCUCUCAGCUGAAAGUAUAAGGAUGAUUAGCACACCCUACUUUCUUCCUUCCUACAUUUCAGCUAUGCACCAGUCCUCUCACAACAGCGGUGUAAUACACUCCGGUAUAUACUACACACCUGGAACGCUCAAGGCAAAACUCUGUGUUAAAGGACUUGAUAUGACGUAUUCCUAUUGCAAGAGUAAAGAAAUUCCUUUCAAGAAAUGUGGAAAGGUUAGUUAAUGGUAACAUGUAUAUUGGUAUAUUGCAUAGACAGAUUUUGCGCGGGGGCGGUGUGCCAAAACUUUAGGUGAGUUGAGUGACGGGACGCGUAGCACCGCCAGAUAAGUUGCAGCAGCGGUCUGGGGCCACAGUUGCUAGUGGGGGUAAGGGGGCGAAGGCCAUGGUAUAUUGACUUUUCACUACUAAAUUCGAUAUUUUUGGCUUGAUGAUAUUAAUGGCACGUUCAAUCACUUCAUCAGGCAUUUUUUGACGCUUAAAAGAAUUGAGAAACAGCGAUACAGAAACAAUACCCUGUUGCAAUAAAAAAUAUUAAUGUAAUUGCCUUGUUAUGGUCUCAGAAAUGGCUCAUGAGGUGUGCGCGCACAGCACAGGAAAUUGUUUAAAAAUAUAUUUUUCUUUCUAUGAUCGUGCGAAGUGAACUUUCAUGGCGAUACCUUUAAUAGUUUUAGAAUGACGACAUUUCGUCUUUUCGAUAUGUCGGAACGGCCUAAAAAUUCUGAAAGUUUCAUCAUCUCUGGCACAGAUAAAAGCAGGCCUUUGAUUCUCAGCGAGUGUUUCGCCUACGCUAGUCAUGCAACUUGGCACCCAGACACCCUCUAUCUUGGUCUUUGAUCGUGUGAAAUUUCAUGGCAAUACAUUUAAUCCUUUUUCGAUGUCGAACGGCCUAACAAUUCUGAAAAUUUCACCAUCUCCGGCACAGGUAAAAGCAGGCCUUUAUUUCCCAGCGGGUAUUUCACCCACGCUCACGAAACUUGGCAGACUGAUACCCCUGGUCUAUGAUUGUGUGGAAUUUCACGACGAUAUCUUUAUAGUUUUGGAAUGGCGGCAUUUCGUCAUUCCAAUGUCGAAUGGCCUAAAAAUUCUGAAAAUUUCACUAUCACAAAAGUAGGUAUUUAUUUCUCACAGUCUUAUCCUCCAAAAACUCCAAAAAGAUCUGGAAAGUAAUUCAUUCUAUUUUAAACCCCCCUUCGCAGCCACUUCGACAUGACCCAAACGAAUUGAAUUUGCAUUUUGCUUGUACUGUUCAGCGGACACUGGGCUACACGAAUAACGUUAGCAAUAACGAUCUCUACGCUUACAUUGACUCUUUGCCUAUUUCCACUGAGCAAAGUUUCAGUUUGAAUAAGGUCAGCCAAGCAGAAGUAUUAAAAGAAUUGCAUAAUCUUCGUAAUGAUAGUUCGACAGGUCCUGAUCAAAUUCCAUCAAAGUACAUUAAACCAGUUGCUGAUAUAAUCGCAGCUCCUCUGACACACAUUAUAAACUCCUGUAUUGAUGCUAACUCAUUUCCCUCUGCUUGGAAGAUCUCAAGAAUAUCUUCCAUUCCUAAAACGGAAACUCCAAAGACCCAUGAUGAUUUUAGACCUAUCGCAAUCCUACCUGUCUUAUCCAAGAUAUAUGAAAGACUCGUCCUCAAACAGCAGUUGCCUUUUAUCGACAACUGUCUUAACGAUAAUAUGUCUGGUUUUAGAAAGGGCCAUUCUACUGCCACGAUCUUGAUGGCUAUGAGAGACGAUAUUAAGAGCGCUAUGAAAAAAGGAGAACUUACCCUUAUGCUUUUAGCAGGCUUCUCGAAAGCAUUCGAUACCAUAAACUUUAAGACCGUUCUAAAAAAAUUACAUCGACUAAAUUUCUCCCAUGGCUUUUUAUACUGGAUAACGAGUUAUCUAACAAAUCGCUUCCAAUAUGUUCAAAUUGAUGACAAGAAAUCUAACCUAACACCUGUAUGCUUUGGAGUACCACAAGGAUCCAUACUUGGUCCUUUUAUUUUUAACCUAUAUGUAUCUGAUGUUGAUGUCCCUCAAACUUGUUAUCAAUAUGCGGAUGACACUUCGCUGUAUGAACAUUGUAAAACUGCCAAACUCGAUCAAUCAAUCGAUAAUAUGCAACAAUCGUUGGAUUCUCUGAAUCACUGGUCCUCACUUUCGAAUCUGUCAUUAAAUCCGAAAAAAACUAAAUCAAUGCUGUUCUCUACAGCUCAAAUGUCACGAACGCAUUCCCUCGACAAAGUUAAACUAGAUCUUAUCUGUGCUAAUCAGGAAAUAAAACGCGAAACUGCUACCAAAUUACUGGGCGUCAUUUUUACUGAUCACUUAAACUGGAAUGAACAUAUAAAAUAUUUGACGUCUUCCUGUUGUGCUGUCUUGGCAGUCUUACGUAAGCUAAAGCAUAUGGCCCCGUAUAACUUACGUAGACAAUUAGUCGAAAUGCUUGUCAUAUCAAAGCUAGAUUACUGCGACACAGUUUAUAGUCCUGUACAUGACUACCAACUAAAGAGACUACAGCGCAUCCAAAAUGCAUGCGCUGGUUUUGUUAAAGGCUCUUACGCUAAAGUUGCUGACGUCAUUAAUAUUGGUUGGCUCCCAAUUAAGGAGAGACGCGACUGGCACAUGCUAAAAAUGGCACACAAAGCAUUACAUCAAUCCCCAUGGCCAGCAUAUCUUUCGCUGAAAAUUCAAUCAAGUGAGCGAGUCCUUCGCUCAAGCGCAGCAAAGAAACUUCAAGUACCGCUAGAAAGUGGAACAUUUCAAGAUACAGCCUCGCAAUUGUUCAAUGCUUUACCUGCUGAACUUAGGAAUUGCGAACAUUUCGGACAUUUCUCACGGCAGUGCAAAGACUUUUUAAUGUGUAACGCUAGAGACAAAUAUUUUACAUAGUUAAAAUGUUAUCCUUAGUUUUAAAUUUUCGUAGAGACUUUCUAUUAAUAGUAUAAUAUAUUUUUAUGUAAACUUUUGCAGAUGUAGAGCCACGCUGUGGAAAAGCUGUAAUAAACCAUUAUUAUUAUUAUUAUUAUUUCACGCACGCUCACGAAAUUUAGCACACAGUUACAGUGUGAAAUUUCACGACGAUUCCUUUCACGACGAUUCCACUUCUUCUAAUAGGUCGACAUUUCUUCUCAAGAAUCUAACAAUUUCAUCGUUCUGACCACAAAAGCCUUGGGAAAUUGAGCAAUAAAAACACUGUGCUCAGAAGCCGCUAGAUUAUUGAAAAGUAUUUGCAGAAUGCGUCGGACGUCGGUAGUACAUUUCAUGCACUCUAGCCUAAAGUGAUUGUAUUGUAACAAAUUGAUUUUAUGAUGUAAGUGGUGAAAAAUCUCUGUGCUUUUCCAAUUUACUCAACUACUGCAUGAUACCAGUGUCUGUUGCUAGCGUCUGACAAAGAAUGGACUUUUCCGUGAAUUCCGUCUGUCCAGGUCGAUGAGAUCACUGAGUGAAUUAGACGAAAGCCUAGUUUAGCAACAGUUACGAAUCAAACAAUUUAUCAUAUGAAUUUCUUUUAGUUAUUUGGAAUACGUUGUGUAUUUUCAGCUUAUCGUAGCAAUUGACGAAGAAGAAGUUCCCAGACUUCUGAACUUGUACGAAAGAGGAAAAGAAAAUGGCGCUAGAGAUUUGAAGCUGUUAGAUAAACAUGAACUAAAGGAUGUUGAACCAAAUUGUGAAGUAAGAAAACUGUAAACAUGAGCUUGUUCAUUUUGUUUGUUUGUUUGUUUGUUUGUUUGUUUGUUUGUUUGUUUGUUUGUUUGUUUGUUUGUUUGUUUGUUUGUUUGUUUGCUUGCUUGCUUGCUUGCUUGCCUGACUGAAAACAAACAAGCAAAGAGAAAUGUAAAACAAACUUUUUUGUAUGUUUUAUAGGGUGUUCGUGCAAUUCACUCUCCUCAUACCGGUAUUGUGGACUGGGGUGAAGUUGCUAGAUCAUAUGGCGAACAGUUUCAGAAGUCUGGAGGCGAAGUAAAAGUUAACUUUGAGGUAGGUGUGAACUUAAAUAUUUUUAUGUUUCCUCAAAAAAUGUUCAUUGUGAGUCUUUGUCUGACGAAUCUUGGAGUCUUUAUUCCUUGGCUGUAUACUGUUACUGUUUUGCUACAGUUACGAAAUCAUAGGUGUUUUUAAAUCAAACUCCCCAAACGAAAAACCUUCAAAAUAUGAAGGUAUGUGUUUUAAAUUGUUUAAUUAAUGACAAUCGUUGCAUCUUCCUUAGGUAGCGAAGUUUUCGAGUAGUACACGUAGGUAUAUUAAUUGAUUUGAACUUUAACUAUUUAAGAGAACUGAACCCAAGAACUAAUUCUGGUAUAUGAACUGCUUCUUAGAUCACCAACAUCCCGUUAGAAUUACUGGAAAGCAAGGGGAAGAACUGUUCAGUCGCUAUGUGGUCACUUGCGGUGGACUGUUCUCAGAUCGUCUCGCACAACUGUCAGGCAGUAACCCACUACCUCGUGUUGUUCCAUUCAGAGGAGAAUACUUAAAACUUUCAGCAGAGAAGGGAAAGCAGUUAGUUCAUGGAAAUAUUUAUCCAGUAAGUUAAAAGAUUAAGAUUAACAUCUCUAUAGCGCAAAUUUUGAUGUGGAUAUACAUGAAGUAUUACGCUUACCUAAUUACAUACACGCGUAAAAAUUAUGAGCCUGCUGUUUAACAGGAUUGAACAAUGUUGUGCGGCCCACAUUGUUCACAGAGCAUUGUUCACACUUGUCAACAAUAUUGAACAAUAUUGUUGAGCCUGAAUCGGGUAUAACAAUAUUGUUCAAUAUUGUUGACAACUGUGAACAAUGUGGGCCGCACAACAUUGUUACCUCCGCCAGGAGGUUAUGUAAUCAUCUGGGUUUGUAUGUGUGUGUGUAUGUGUGUGUGUAUGUGUGUGUGUGUGUUUGUCUGUGAGCACGAUAACUCAAGAAAUACCAAACAUAUCCGUACGAAAUUUUGUCAGUGCAUUUCCCAUCGGCUAAGGAAGAACUGAUUAAAAUUUGGUUGAAUUUGGUUAAAAAUUGAAUGAGAAAUAACAAAAGUUUGUCUUGCUUUUCCCGGUCAAUUAAAUAAAACUUAUACUGAAAUACUGAAUGCGUAAUUAGGACGUGCAUAAUAUAUGCACCAGCCAUUCAAAUUCUAAUAACAAUAGAUUACUUCAAUAUUUUGCGCGUAGGCGGAGGUAUGCAGUCUCUGAGUGCCCUCUAGUUCAAUCCUGUUUUCAUCAAUUUUGCAACAACCUGAUCGUUUUAGCUGUGUACUUCGCUUAUAUUCUGAAAGCUCUCACACUCAAAGAGUGGAGGUUCAAUCUGAGCUUCUCUUGAGUGUCAGUGCUGUUUUUGAAUAGCUGGAGGGUGAGUAGUCACAUAGUAAGUUACACUAACCCUUCAGCCAUUCAAAAACAGCAUUGACACUCAAGAGAAGCUUAGAUUGAACCUCCAAUAACGUUACCAAGCCUAUUUUACCUUUUACAAUAAUAUUGCUUUCUUGACUGUGUUAUCAUAAACCACGCAGCCAUGGGCGUACCGGGCGGGGGGGGCGGCAGCCACCCCAGUUUGUUGGGCAGUCGGGCAAUAUUCACUGAACAGUCGGGCAGUUUUGGUUUAUUAAAAAAAUAAAUGGGAUAAAUUCUGUAAAUUUUGCUGUCAAUUUACUGAUAUUUCGAAAAUUUUUGUUAGGUUCGGGGGAGGUCGCCAAAAUUUCUUUCCGCCCCUCUAAAUUUUUCCUUCCGGUACGCCCAUGCACGCAGCCAAUUUUCCCUGUGGGAAGAAACUGGGGCACCCGGAGAAAACAAACGACUAUCGGCAGAGCGUUGACUGACUCUUCACACCGUAGAGCCGUAGCUUGAAUCGGGGAUCUCAGAGGUGAAUGGCGCUUGCUCUUGCGGCUAUAUAUGAAACCCUAGAAAUGUGGACCAAACCCCAUAUUCACCGUUUUUCUUCUUUCAAUUUAUGUCCCUGAUCCAACAUUGCCUUUUCUGGGAGUUCAUUUCACUCCACGUAUGGAUGGCAGCGUGUUACUGGGACCUAAUGCCGUGUUGGCGUUUGCAAGGGAGGGAUAUAAGAUGGGGACUGUUAAUGUCAGUGACCUUGUGGAAUCUAUUGCUUUCAGGUGAGAAUUUAGUAGCACGCAUCACAUUGGUUAAUAAUGGUAUAGCGGCAGUGAAAGUCAAAUCUGAACCUUUCUAAUAAGUAUAAUUGUACAGGUACCCAGGGACGCCGGAGCGAUGUGAAGGCAAGGGGGGCAGAUUUUCGUGAAAGGCCACUUUUGAAUUAAUAUAUAUUAAGAGAUGUUUGCAAAACAUCGGGAAUUGAACCUCGCCUAAUCAUGUUUUCUACUUAUUGGAUGAUAGGGGUGUGAGGGGGUUCUCCGCCAGGAGACUGCGCUAUUCUUGAAGCUCGAUGACUGCAUUUCUUGCGUUUUCUGAUGCAAAUUCGUAGAAGAAUUGCACUAACAUUUCUGACAAUUUGCUAUUUCGCCAAGGCAAUCCUUUAAAUUGAAAGGGCACCUUUGCCCGCCCCCCCUUCCCCCUCCUGGUAAAGGGCAACGGGGGCGGCUGCCCCUCCUGCCCCCAGUUCCGGCGUCCCUGCUGGUACCUUUACCAGUUCUUAACUUUUCUCCCAGACUCCAUAAGGGCCAUCUUUUGUUGGUCAAUCUCCGGGAAAAAAGCCGAGUGAAAUAUGGCCUUGUGUGCGACGUUUGGUCCUGUGUUACUGCUGUAGGAAAUCAGAUUCCCUUGUAUUAAGACUGCCCAGAGAAAUUUGCAGAGUUUGGUUGUCAAACUGGAAGCAUUCCUACCGGUGGCGGACACUGGGGGGGGGGGGCGGCGCCCCCGUCCCCUAAUAAUUUUAAAAGACCUAUCAAAGUCUGGUACUGAAUAUCACAAUUCACAAGCAUUGUUUAGGAGCGAGUGGCAAGCAAACAAUCACACCCAUAUAACGUAAUUGUCAUAUUAAAUAAUGACUACUAAAUAAAACUAAAGUUAGCAGUAUAGCAAGCAAUAUAUGAUACUGUACAAUGCAAGCCAAUGAUGCCACAACAUACACAUUUUAUACAAUCCUAACAGCUCUACUGAUAAAAUAUUUUAAACAAUUAGAAUUGAUAGUUAUAUAACUGUACAUUAAACAACAACGCUAAUCGACAUGAUUAAUUGAUUAUCUUAGAAAAAGUACAUAAUGUCAGUCAAAUGGCACAACUCGGAACUCUUUAUUCAUUUCAUCAAAUGACCCAUGUUCUGAAAGAUUCGAAUAACUUAGAGCCUUAAACGGACACCGAAACCCCUUUGCCAUACAUAUUGAAACAUUGUCCCCCUCUGAAGUGAAAUUAUAGUCAGACAACUGCCUAUUGCAGGAAUCGAACCUUGGUCGUAGACGUUUCGAGAUAAGUUUUUUUUCUGAAGAUGUGAUUACAGUAACAGUACUAUGAAACUCAUUUCAGGGGAUUACGUAAGCUGGCUUUGAAACAUUGGAAGUUUGGUGCAAGUGAAUUUUACCACGGUCUAAACAGACAAGCUCAAGUGAAACGACUCCAGAAAUAUGUCCCAAGCUUACGACAUGAAGAUGUUAAGAGGUGGGAACAAUUAUACAAUAUUAAAAAAUUUGUCCUAGG